CUGAGUGUGCGCGCGGCGGGAGCGCGCGCGGGGAGGCGCGGCACCGGCCUGGGACACCGCGAGGCGCGGGGACGGGGACGUGGCAGCGCCCGGCGCUCCGAAAAGUUCCCUGGAAGUUCCCCGCGGGACGCGGCGCAGGAAGCGGCGGGCGGGACCAUGAACGUGUUCCGAAUCCUCGGAGACUUGAGCCACCUCCUUGCCAUGUUCCUGCUCCUGGUCAAGAUCUGGAGGUCCAAGAGCUGCGCCGGCAUCUCUGGGAAGAGCCAGAUCCUGUUCGCUCUGGUUUUCACCACCAGGUACCUGGACCUCUUCUCCAACUUCAUCUCCAUCUACAACACAGUGAUGAAGGUUGUUUUCCUCCUCUGUGCCUAUGUCACUGUGUACAUGAUCUAUUGGAAGUUCCGGAAAACAUUUGACAUGGAGAAUGACACGUUCCGGCUGGAGUUCCUCCUGGUCCCAGUGAUCGGCCUUUCCUUUCUGGUGAACUACAGUAAUGCACCAAUGGAGGUCCUCUGGACCUUCUCCAUCUAUUUGGAGUCAGUGGCCAUCCUGCCGCAGCUCUUCAUGAUCAGCAAGACCGGAGAGGCGGAGACCAUCACCACUCACUACCUGUUCUUCCUGGGACUGUAUCGGGCACUCUAUCUAGCCAACUGGAUCUGGCGGUACCAGACAGAGAAUUUCUAUGAUCAGAUCUCCGUGGUGUCUGGAGUAGUACAAACCAUCUUUUAUUGUGACUUCUUCUACUUGUAUGUGACCAGAGUCCUUAAAGGAAAGAAGUUAAGCCUACCAAUGCCAGUCUGAAGAGAUGGGCCACCCUGUAAGGCAUCCAGAGCAAACUAUUUGGACUGUUCUCCUUGAUGACUUAAUGUUAAACAAUUGGUGUGAAUUUGAGCAAAGCACUGGCCGAACUUCCCAUCUCACCAUCAACAGCUGGACCUCCUUUAGAGACACCACGGAUGUAAUGAGGCCUCACAAUGGCGAGUAAAUUAAGGAGCAGUUAAGAUACCCCCCUCCACGAAUGACCAAAUAUUGCUCCUUUGACUAGAGGAAGGCUCAUGCCAAGGAACAGGUAGAUCCAUUCAGUUCCUUCCUAGGUCAGUGCAGAACAAGACCCUGGGUGUGUGCAUAUCUUGUCACUCAACUGGCUUCCACAUUGCAGCUUCCACUCAUCUCAGUUGCCUAGGUGGAUACCGUGACCAUCCAACUGUGAUUCAGAUUCAACCCCACUCUCCCCUCCCUCCCAGUUUGAGGUGCUAAUUAGGGUGCUUAGUCACUCAAUCUCCCAAUAUUUUCUAAGUUUUGAUGUAAU